GAGGUCGAAGCAGAGAGACGAGCAGAGGAGAAGGAAACUAGUCAGUACCGACGAUGUGAACUCUCAAAGUUAAAUGUUUGUUUUCUUUUCAGGAAUUGUUGACUUUAUCUUAAACCGCAGCUGAGACGUUUACGGCCCCGCGGACGCUGCGGGAUUUCUGAAUAUUAGAAGUUAGAACAGCCACUUCCGCGUUUGGGGCUUCGUUUUUUGACACCAGCAUGGACAUUCAGCUACAAGUAAUUGACGAUGGAGCUGCACACGAUGCUAAUGGACGGAUCAACGGUGGCAAUGGGGAAGCGAUGCCUGUUGCAGCUCAAGGUCAAAGGGAUGUGGGAAACACAACCGAGGUGACAUCAGGCAAUGGCGAAGGUGUGGCCAAUGGGAAUCCUGAAGCAACAGAGACAGAUGCUUUUGUCAUUCAGAUCAACGGUGGAAAUGGGGAAGCGAUACCUUUUGACCACGCAGCAGAAGGUCAAACGACUGCUGGAAAUGCAAACCCUCCUCAAGAGAAGGGCUCCGUGUGCAGGAUAAAGAAGGAGCUGAACCAGCCCGUCUGCGAGAAAGUCAAACAAAUCAGACUGUGGAUGGUUAUCAUUUUCAUCUUUGUCCUUAUGGCUCUUGUGAUUGUAGUUUCCAUGGCUGUGUGCUCAGCGGUCCACGAGGACGAGGACGACCAGUUUGACUCUUCGUUGUUUAAAGUUCCUCACUAUUUCAAUGGGAGCUUCCAGUUGCCAAAUCAGCUCUUCAAAGAGGAGCUUUUAAACCUUCACUCCAGUGAAAGCCAAGAACUCGCUGCAGAACUUCAAAUAAAGAUGGCUGACCUCUACAGAUCCUCCCCUGCUCUGGGGCGAUACUUCUCCAAAGCUGAAGUACUUGCUUUCAGGAACGGUUCGGUCACCGCUGACUACAAGCUGACGUUCGUCUUGCCUGAAGAGCAGCAGGAUCAGCUGAGAAACUUCACUCUGAGCAGGGAGAUGGUGUACAACGUGUUUCGACAGUUUCUGUAUGACCAGGAGCCUGUCGAGUCAGCUGAGUCGGGGCCGAUGUUCAUCGAUCCCGUUUCCCUAAAAAUGUUCUCAGGACACUGAUGACGAGACACAGAAAACCACAGUGUCUUGUUUUCUUAGUAAUUUAAGUGAGACGCUGACCAAAUCCUAAACCUCCCGUAAGUCGGACGAUGCUGCAUAUGACCUGUCAGACUUGUGUGCAGUUUUCCCACGAGUAUGCAUAUGAUGCAUCUUUUACCACAGGAAGCAGCAGUUGCACAACACACACACACACUAAUGUGCAUCUGUCAUGGGGAUGACCGCAUUGUGUGUUAUGUGUGCAGGACUUAUCGGGUUAAAAGGACACCUUCCUCCUGCCAAAC